CAUCAUCUUCCAGCCUCCCCUGUGACAAUGGAGCAAUCAAGCUUGCAAGUCCAAGCGGAAACACGCCACGCUGCUGAAGAAGCAGGCGUCAAUGUUAGCAGACCAAAAACUUUGAGCAGCUUAAGGAACAGCGCAGAUGGUCAUAGUGAUGCCAUGCCAUCCAAUAAGAGGAGAAACAAAAUCCCACGCUCUGCCCCAGACAGUUGCAGAUAGUAAUGAGGUCAAGGCAGACAGGAAGAAGGAAGCAGAAUCUAAAAGUUUGAGGAGUACUGAACAGUCUUUUGGGCAGAAUGAUGCUGAUGAAGGAGUAAAGAAACAAGAUGGUUUUCGCAGUUCGAACAACAAAGGAGUAACAAAGGUUGCAUCGCAGGGAUCGCCAACAGGUCAACAAGAUGGCAUUGGUAGAAGCAGCGCAAAUGGAAAGGUCAAAGAGUUCAUUAUUAUCUUCAAUCAGGAAGCUGCUUUGAAACCUAAAGUUGACGUUCGACCUCAAGUUCGUAAAUCCUGGAAAACGACAUCGUGGAAUCAUCAUGUCCAUCACAAGUUGGUAAUUCUUGUCGACUUUUAACGAGGAUGAACUGGAAUAACACGAGAGGUGUACUGUCUUGUUGCAGGAAGCAUAGACUCACUUCAAUUCACUUGGAUCUAUAUGAGCCAUCAAAACUUGCUUACUUCGAACUCAGCAAUUGCUUGCAAGGACAUGGAUUGGUUUGCUUUUCUUCGUACCCAGCAAUUGCUUGCACGGGAUAUGGAAUUGCUUACCAUAGUAAAUAGCACACCAGUUGAGGAGCACACAAU